AUGACAAUAACAUUCAAAACUACAAGAGUACGAGCCUUCCUUUGGCGCGCAGCUCACCAUUGUCUACUUACAAGAGACAAUCUAUCCAAGCGUGGUAUCCCUUGUUCAGAAACUUGUGUAUCUUGUGAUUUUCUGGCUGAAUCCCAUAUGCACUUAUUCUUUGUUUGUCAUAAAGCAAUUGCUUGCUGGGACCUCCUUGGCAUAGGUAGCAUUAUUCAAGAUUUACUCUACAUGGCCGAUUCAUUUCAACAAAUGCUUUUUGACUUGUUGCAUAAACUUCCUGAUCAUCAAAGACCAUUAGCAGCUAUGAUCAUUUGGAGCUUGUGGAAGAGUAGAAACUUGUUACUUUGGGAAGACAACGACACUACUCCAUCUCUCACAGUCACUCGCGCCCAAGAAGUGCUUCAUGAAUGGAGUUGUGUUCAAAAGGCCAAACAUCCAGAUCACCGCGUCGAGCAACACCAUACCUGGGAAAAGCCUCCUCACAGCACAAUCAAGUGCAAUGUCGACGCAGCCCUUCUCAACGGUAACUCGGUAAUGUGUUACGGUUUAUGCUUCCGCGACUCUUCUGGAAACCUUCUCUUCGGCAAGUCAGACUUCAAACUUUUGUCGGCCACUGUUUUGGAAGCUGAAACUAUAGGUCUCUUGGAAUCUCUCAAAAUGGCCAUCUCCAAAGACCUUCGCCAUGUUGCAUUCGAAGCAGAUAGUAAACUUUUGGUUGAUCUACUAGGAAACACCCCUCUCCCCCUUAAUGAAAUUGAUGAUUUAGUUUCAGAAUGUAAAACUCUCUUGUUAAGUAAUCCCGACUAUGUAGUGUCGUUUGUGAGGAGGCAAACAAAUAAUGUGGCUCAUAACAUUGCAAGAGCUGCUCUAUCCAAUCCUAGCCCCCAUGUUUUUUAUGAUGUUCCUACUACCUUGUAUCCUCUGUUUUUGAAUGAAAUGCAAUAA